UUUUAAACGAAAUCACUCGUCACUUUUCCGGCACUUCUUUUUUGUCCUCCUGUCUCCUCUGUUCUUCACAAACGACAAUACACUGCAGCUUCAUUAAUCUCAUCAAAACAGAGUUAUACCCACAGGCAAUUCUUCAUAAGAGAGAGUUUUCUGAUUUGGAGAUAAAAUGGAGACAAAAGAGUUUAAUUAUGUCCAAGUGAUAUUUGACACAAAAGAACCAAAAUCGACCAUGAAAGCGAAUCCUAGAAGAUAUACCGACCCCUUCUUAGCUGAUAAGGAGAACGACAAAGUCAACUUGUGGAAAUGCGAUAAAGUCAACUUCGCUACUAAUGUUGAAGAUGAGAAGUUCGAAAAGUCAGUAGAACCUUCUAUUGAUCCGGCAGGGUCCUUAGAGAAGGCGGAAGAAUUGUACAUUGAUAAAAAUGUGACAGAAUGUCAACUGCAUGUUGUUAAGGAUAUAUGUGUGGAUGAGGGACUAUCUCAUGGGGAAAAGAUCGAGUGUGGUAAGGAACACCAUGAGUUAUCAUGCAGCCCUAUUGCUGUUAAUGAAGAUAAACAUGAUGAGAAUAUUGUUGAUGAUGUUGGUGCUCACUUGAUACCUUCUAAUUGUGCCUCUGAUAAGAUAACGUCGUUUGUAGAAACUAAUAUUGUCGAGAGCAGCGAAAGUUGCGGUCCUGAGAAUGCAAUGCAGAAUGGUGAAGAGAAAUUAGAUUCGGGUUCUAAUUCAUCGAAUAACUCCGUCAAAAUCCGUGAGUCGCCUAUCAACGAUAUCAAUGAUGUUGAUCAACAACUUUCUGAGGUACAUAGCAUUGGAUCUGAAGCUAAAGAACCAAACAAAACCAGCCAAACCAUUGACAUAUCAAGCGAAAUCAAGACAGAGGAAAACACCAUUUCAAAUUCUGACAAUGUGAAACUAGCAACCGUUAACGUCCCUCUUGAGCCACUGCUAGAAGCACCCAUUGCACCCGACCACCAUGACAUGAAUCCAAAUAACAUCACAGUUGCGCCACGUGGCGGUGGCGAGGCAAGUUUCUCCUUAGCAGGACUAAUAACAUACUCCGGGCCUAUUACAACUUCUGGUAGCAUAUCUCAUCGAUCAGAUGGCAGCAACAGUAGUGUCAGAUCCUUUGCCUUUCCCAUAUUACACAACGAGUGGAACAGCAGUCCCGUAAGAAUGGAAAGAAUGGACGAGAGACAGGCGCCAAAACAUAGGGGAUGGAGGCAAAGCCUUAUGUGCUGUAGAUUCUAAGUUAUGCAUACACAAUCCAAAUUCUACACUAUUUAUUAUGGUAAAUAUGUAAAAACACAAUAUCUAUCGAUUAGUGUGGUUUUCGACUUUUAGGCAUCUUGUGAGUUUGGUCCGCGAUUAAGGUUGAAACGAGGUGUUUACAUUAUCUAUUUUUAGUUCACAUACUUGUGUGUGGUACCAGAGGUUGUCAUUUUCAUGUAAUUAAUUAAUGAAACUUAAGGUGUAAUUUUAUAUAUAUUUAAACUGAAAAUUUGUGAGAUUG